AAAAAUGCUUACAGGGAUAUCUACUUCGUCUGCUACCCUUCCAUCUAUCUUACUCGUAUCUUCUUCUCGGAUCUCUCCUCUCACUUCCUCCCUCUUCCUUCCACGCAAAAUCCCAAUUAAGCACUCAACGUUUCCUUCUAAUUCCAGACAUCCCCACAUGUUUACAACUCCCAUGAGUUGGUUGGGGAAGCUCGGAUUAGGGUUUGGAAAUCGAGCUUCAGAUGUCGCCAUGGAUUCGUCAUCUGCAUCGAUAGCUCAAGGUCCAGAUGACGAUAUUCCUGCUUCAGGGCAGCAGUUCGCGCAAUUCGGUGCAGGAUGCUUUUGGGGUGUCGAGUUAGCCUUCCAGAGAGUUCCUGGAGUUAAGAAGACAGAAGUUGGGUACAGUCAAGGCCAUCUGCAUAAUCCGACGUACAACGAUAUCUGCACGGGCACGACGAACCAUUCUGAGAUUGUUAGGGUUCAUUAUGAUCCCAAGGAGUGCGGUUACGAGAGUCUACUUGAUGUGUUCUGGGAUCGCCAUGAUCCAACCACGCUCAAUCGUCAGGGUAAUGAUGUGGGGACACAAUACAGAUCAGGAAUUUACUGCUACACGCCUGAGCAGGAGAAAGCAGCAUCCGAGUCCAUCGAAAAGCAGCAGAAGCUUUUGAACAGGAAAAUUGUUACUGAGGUUCUUCCAGCGAAAAAGUUUUACAGAGCAGAGGAAUACCACCAACAGUAUCUUGAAAAAGGUGGCCGAUUUGGGUUCAAGCAGUCUGCUGGGAAAGGCUGCAAUGACCCAAUCAGAUGCUAUGGCUAAGUUACGCAUGGUCCUAAUGCUGUUCUUAUUUUUAUGUUCGUCUCCUAAGAUGCUUGUUAAUAGGUUUGUGCAUCCUCCCCCGGAACUGAGACAUACUAGUUAUCAUUUAUAUUUUGUAAUUGUAGCAGUCGUUUGUAGCUUUUAGACCAUGUUAUGUAUUGUUACUGUCCAUUUAUUCAUGUUAAUACCUUCUAGCUGUGCGCGUUUAUGCAUUGGCUCUAUCAUAUCUUAU